CCUCCCUCUUCCUCACACACUGGAUAAAAACGGCGAGAAGGCUGGCAUCGAGAACACUAUACUCAAAAAACACCAAGGACGCUUUCUAACGUGUGAGAUACAGAGAAGAAGCAAGCCGGUGCACGCACAAAACUUGGAAGUCUGCGCGUCUCCAGCCAUGGACAGAACAUUGGGACUCUUCAUAUUCCUGUCAGCUCUCUGCUGCGCCCUAACGGACGAGGUCGAGCUCAGACGCAGCAAGAGAGGGACUCGAUAUUACAGAGCGAGGUGUGUGGAUGGGGAGACGGCAGCCGUCCGUAACUAUGGCGAGUCGUGGAUGAGGUGGCGCGGACAGCGCGCCGAGUAUUGUCGCUGUUCCACGCGAGGACGAGAGCGCUGUCACUUUGUGCCCGUCAUCAGUUGCUAUGUGUCUCGCUGCUAUAACGGAGGUACCUGUAAGGAGGCGGUGUACUCCUCAGACUACCUGUGCCAGUGUCCUCCAGGCUUCACGGGCUCCCAGUGUGAGAUCGACACCAGUGAGAAGUGUGUGGUGGGCCAGGGUGGGGGUUACCGUGGUACCUGGAGAAUAAGUCGCAGCGGCUCCGAGUGUAUCAACUGGAACUCCACCUCUCUGAGGGGGAAGAAAUUCACCGCCAGGAGGCCCGACGCUGCCAGCCUGGGCCUGGGGAACCACAACUUCUGCAGGAACCCAGACAGUGACAGCAGCCCUUGGUGUUAUGUCUACAGAGGGAUUGAGGUGUCCUGGGAGUUGUGCUCUCUGCCCAAGUGUCCUGCAGGCCCUAACCUGGAGUGUGUGCUGGGGUCUGGACAGUCCUACAGGGGGACCACAGCUGUCACUAAGGGGGGGUCUCAGUGCUUGUCCUGGGACUCCCCUAUCGUGUCCCGCAAGAUCUACACUGCAUGGAGGUCAGAUGCCAGGACGCUGGGCCUGGGCAGUCACAACUUCUGCAGGAACCCUGACGGAGAGAGGGCCCCAUGGUGUCACGUUUACAAAAACAUGCAGCUCACCUGGGACGUGUGUGACAUCACCAAAUGCUUAGGUAGACCCGGCCGCAUCACAACGCUGGGUCCUAGAGCCCCCAUCACCAACAACAACAAUCCCAAAGGUACCACAUCCACACGCCUUCAUUGCCGUCCUUCACUUCCUCACCGCUCUUUUCUUCCAGCGCCUCCUCUUCCCCCUCGCCCCCCCUCCUCACCCCGUACUCCUCCUUCUCCUCCUUCUCCUCCGUCAGCCCCCCUUCCUCUUCCUGAUCCUCCUUGUGUUCUGUCAUGUCUCGAUCCAGAACCCUCACUAUGUCGGACAUCCCAUAAUACUGCGUCCAUUGUGGACUGUUGUUUGUAUUCUGUCUCACGCUCUCUUCUCCUCCUCUUUCUCUACUUC